AUGAUGAAAGUGAAGUGGAACUGUAAUGGUGGACACACAGGAACAUGGACCUCCAGUCCUGACAUUCGGGAAAUGGCAGAUGUUCAGCUUCUCACGGCUGUGUCUGUGCUGUUUUCAGGAGGCACUUACACCGAGCUGCAGGACUGGACUCAGACCAUGAACCUGAAGUUGUUUGGCAGCACCACCAUCUAUCAGAUUCAGAAUACCUACCUGUUUAACGAAGGAAUGCUAUUUUGGCAAGACUGUUCCUGGAUCAGGAGGAAAAUGGUGUUGGAACAAAGCUGUCUGGGGAUGCACGCAGCGACAGUCCAGGCUACAGGUCUCUAUCUUUUAUUGCUAUUUAACGUGCAGUGCCUACUUAUGUGUGUUAGUAUGUGUUUUCUAUCAUGUGUUUUCAGUGAUACAGGUCUUUAUAAUUGUUAUGGUGAUGAUAAGUGAUUUUAAAAAAUCCCAAGUUGGGAUCAAUAACCAUUAUUCUGUACUCUGUCUCUAAAGUGCUAAAUACACCACCUAUACCCUGAUGACCAAUGACACCAACGAGAUUGUGCACAGCGAACUGAUACAGGUACAGUACAAUUAAUACAGUUUACAGUAUGAUGGUCAAUGGCAUGUUGCGUUAUCACACCUGGUGGCUGGCUGUAAUUCUGUUUUACUUUUGCCCAUUACAGGUCACAGAGGCACCCAGCUCUGUUGCGAUAGAGGUAAUUGGCUUCAAGUGGGCCCUGACAGAGCUGUUGGACAACAUGGAUCUCCAAGUGGAUGUGGUCACAAGUGACCAUUCCCCCUCUAUUCGCAAGAUGAUGAGGGAGCUCUUCUCUGACAUCCAACAUGAGCUCGAUGUGUGGCAUACAGUGAAAGGUUAGCACUGCAGAACCCAACCUUACAAGACUAUUUAUAUGAUAUCAGAAAUUACACACAUCGCUUUCUGUCAUAGUUUCAAAAAGGGCAGAUCAAUGUGUUGUAUAAAAACGUUUGAAUGGUCAGUCAAUUUGUUUUUCAAACGGGUCUCCAAAAGAAACUUCUGCUGAAGGCCAAGAAGCGAGGGAAUGAGGCCUUGUGUCCCUGGAUACACUCCCUCACGAACCACGUUUUGUUGUGCAGCAAAGUUUAAUGGAGACCCUGAGGUAAAUGAAAUGGAGAAAAACGCAAACUCUGUGACGUAUUUAUCUUGUUCACUGUAAUGUGCCGUCAUUCUCACCCCUAACUCUGAUCCAUAUGCACUGGUCCAGGAGACACCUAGUAAUUGUACUGGUGCAUGUCCUGUUCUCAAGAUAUCUAAAAGCAAAUAUAUGUUGUCUGUCUUUGAAGGAGCACAUCUGUGAUGUACACAGCUGGACAGAGUUGAGGGGGAAGUCCACUGUCAACACCCUGACCUGUCCGAUUAUGACCGUGGCAAGAAGAAGUGACUGUCCAUGGACUCAGUUGUGUAUGAAUACCUCUACAGGUUAGUAGUCAUCAAUAACAGCAUCAUGUUUUAAUAUUUUCAAUCAGAAAAGCCAAAAUAAUUAGUCUACUCUGUUUUGUCUUUGUAAACACACAGGCCAUCUGGAGGCAUUCCACAGUGCUCUCCUGAAGUAUACCCCAAAGCGGUACAAACAAAUCUUCUGCAAGAGGUCAAAGCAGUGGGUGGGAAAGGUUUGUCCACUACUUCAGGGAGAAGCUUGCUCCCCAAACCCAACAUCCCUUCUAACAUCGCCACAGCGCUAAAGCCUGCUAACCAGCUGCCAUUGCCCAACACAAGAAGAGUUUCACCAGCUGAACAACAUUCAGGACCCUGCCUGGAACAUUCAGUCAACAUGGUUCUAAGCUGACAUAUGGAAUUGUUUUAAGAUGGUCAUACUAUGGAUCAUUUAGCUAUUUGAUUUGGAAUUUUAAGACCCCUUUAGCUAUAAAAAUGUUUUAUCAAAAAAUGAUUUAAUAAAAUAUUACAUUUGGCCUUUACUAGUAUAGACCUGAGAAACGCAUUGAAUAACACAUUAAUAAAUGGCAAAAAGACAGUCAAAAAAAUAAAUAAUAAGAAAGUGUUCGUCCUAUAUCUAGGAGAUACUGUAUAAGACAGCUCAGGAAAUAUUAUAUAUAUUAAACCCCUUUUCUGGUAACGGUUACUUUCAGAUGAGUCCCGUGACAAUUGUGGGGGUUGUAGCAAAACAGAGAACAACAUUGUGUUCGUGAGAAUCUCCCCUUUCCACAGUGGGGCCACAAAAUUAUACUGUACUGAACAACACUGCCUCGUGUUAAAAGAGAGCUUAUAUUGCUAGCUAGCUACCGACAGCAAAACAACUUACUAAUUUUCCCUCCUGGUACAACUGGUCUAGGCUGCCGCCAUCAGUUGAUCUUGGAGGUUCUGAAGAAUGUCUCCAGCACCCCUCGAUGGUCUGUCAUACACACACAAUCCAUGGGGUCUGCAGUGACCCUCUCCAGUAAGAACUGCCCACGAUCGAAUUCGUUGCAGCCCAGACAUUCCUCUUCUGUCAGCAUGGCUGGACAGCACCCGCAUAGGCACCACCAGUCGGAGUCUGACCGUGGCUCUCCAGGAUCAGGAGCAGCAGUGGCGGCUGCAGCAGCCGCUGUUUGCUGGUCUUGCUAUUCUUGUUCUCGCUGUCUCAACUCCUAUUCAGUGUAUUCUGGCUCAAAUUAAUAGGGCUGUAUGUCCGUAUGUAAAAGAACAUUGAAAAAUGUUUUGACGUCCAGCUCUUCUUGGAAAGCGGAAUCAUCAGAAGCAGCCAUUGUAAUUAUUUAGCAAUCUCGAAUAGACAGUGCACAGUAACAUAGCUCCCGUGAAACCUGUAGAAAGAAACUAGUACCGCCCCGUUUUGAAAAGCCCACCUUCGAGGGUGGGAACACAAUUGAACAAGGAAGUAGGUCUCCCGUCGGGUUGUAGUCUUCAUAAAGCCAGAGAAAAUGAGUCCAAUUUCUCUAUUGAACAAGGACAACCAUAUCUACUCACUGCUAGCGUGAUCGUGCAAUCGGCGAAACACAAAGGCCACAAUAAUUGCUACAUGACUCCAUUCAUUUCUAGAUCAGACAGUACACUCAAUCAACCAAUGACGUCAUUGGUUGAACUCUCCCAGUGUUAAAAUUCAGAAAUGUUGCACCGGUAUGGUGCACAAUUAUGUCUGAAACUGUCACGCCCUGGCUCUGGGGACGCUUGUAUGUUGAGCCAGGGUGUGAGUGUUCUUUGUGUUGUUCUAGUUUUGUGUUUCUAGGGUGUAGUUCUAGUUAUUGUGUUUCUAUGUUGGCCAGAGUGGUUCUCAAUCAGAGGCAACGAGUGUCAGCUGUUGCUGGUUGUCUCUGAUUGGGAACCAUAUUUAAACAGUCUGUUUUCCCACAGUGUUUGUGGGAUCUUGUUCCUUUUGAUUUGUGUUUGUACCGUAGGACUUCACGUAUCGUUUGUUGUUUUGUUCGCUGUGGUGUACUAAAAAAGAAAUAUGUACGCAUCUCACGCUGCGCCUUGGCCCGCUUCUUUUCAAGACGAUCGUGACAGAAACACCUCAUUAUGUAGGGAGAAUGGAAAAACACUCCAAAUAGUGUCUAGCAGUGAAGUUUUUCUUUAAUAAUUCAUAAACCAAAUUGAUAUCAGUAAAAACAUUAACUAAUUGUUAGGUCUACUUUUACUUGUUACUACUGUGUUACUUCUGUGAACUUUUAUUAUCCUCCUUUCUCUCCCUCCUCAUCAGGGAGAGAAAUUUGAAAAUAUUAGAAGAAAAAAAAGAAGAAUGUUUUGGUAAUGGAAUUUCAAGGCACAAGGCAAUGUUUCUUAAAAUUACAGAAGGCAGAAAAAAGUAUCCUAAACUAAAUAUAAGUGUUGCUAUUAGUUGACAGGGGUCUUUACUUCAACAUUAUUGUGUUUUGAUGUAUUUGUAAUACCUUUUAAGACUUUUUCUGGUAGUUGUUUUCUAAGACCCCUUUUUUUUCCAUCUGUUUGACAAUAAAUCAAAUUCUUUGCUUAUUCCUGCUUAUUCUUGUUUUUAGGAUGACAAAUGGUUAAUAUGAUGACAUAAAUGGUAUUUAUGCCUACAUUUAAAUAUAAAGACUCAGGUUUCAUUUGACACCCAAUUUGACAUGCUCCUAUGAACUUCACAAGUUGGUGCACAUGGGGUCCUUUUACAUGGAAAUGUUCCUCUCUCAACUCUCUUUUACUCUCUCUCAAUCUCUCUCCCUCUCUCUCUUGUUCUCUCUAUGUCGCUCGCUCUCUCAACUCUCUUUUUCUCUCUCUUUUUUUUCACUUCCUGUGUUCCAAACACAAACCAAAAAAUUGCCUCUGAACAUCAAAAAUAGAACUCUCAUAAGAGUGUUACAAAACGUAUAUAGCCAUAACAACUGUAGUGAAAUUAGAGGGUGGUAAUGCCGUUGUUUGGGUCGUGGAGAAGUGUAUGUUUGAUUGUGCUUGCGUGUGUGCAUGUGUUUGUGAGUAUGUUUUGGCAUCUCUGGUGAAAUGAUAUCAGAGUGAUCACUCCACUUUCUCAGACUGGGAUUCUAAACUGUUUCCUCACACUGGAUCGGUAGAGCUGUGACCAGUAGGGCUGUGACCAGUAGGGCUGUGACCAGUAAGGCUGUGACCAGUAAGGCUGUAUUAGUGUCACUAGGACUGCCAGAGCUGUGUGACCAGAGUUCUGGCACCAUGACAGUGUCCCUCUGGCAGUGCUGUAAUCAGACACACUGAUGUACUGCUGACCACUGUGAUGCCUACUCCCUCCAGUCAUCAGACACUGAUCUGCUCCCUUCUCUCCCCAUGUUCUGGGUGUUGCAGUAGCCAUUUACACUGUAAUGACAUUAACAGUCUCUCCCAUACCAGUCAAUGAGACACAUGCAUCAAUAAGGAUCAGCCUAAUGGUGACAUACACUUGGGUACGUACUGUAGUCACACACACACACACACACACACACACACACACACACACACACACACACACACACACACACACACACACACACACACAGAUAAGCACCUACAGUAUAUGAGCUACAGGGUCAGGGAACCUGCUGUCUCCUGUCCUGCUACCCAGACUACCAGGGGACUCUUGUGUAUAGGGGGAGGAGAGGUGAGUAAGGGGGAGGAUGGGGGAGAGGUGAGGGUGAGUAAGAGAUGAGUCAACUGCCCUCAGCUAUAAGAGAAGCCCUGAUGGAGCCUGGGAGUGACACACACACAGACCCCCAGAGGUAAGAUUCCCUCACCUCACUCGCCUCUGCACUUUCUCUAUCACUCUUGCCAUCUCUACCUCUAUCAUUUGCUUUAUCACUAUUACUCUUUCUCUGUCUAUCAUCCUUUCUCAUCUCUCUCUCUCGCUCUCUCUCUGUGUUAGUAUGUGCUACUGAAAUAAUAUGUACAGAUUUGAACAGGUGAUAUAGUGAAAGUUUAUCUUGUCCGUAAUGCAUGGUUUGGUUUGAUUGUCUUUCAUGAAGUGAGGUGCCAUUUAUUUUAAAUAAACGUUUUACACUAAACAUUUUACUUUAAACUUUAGAAAGAACGUUUGAAAGGAAGCAUGUGGAAUAUUCAGCCAGCCAAGUAGAUCAGGUAGACUUGAUAGACUGGGUUCUGGCUGUUUUCUGUAGGAUGGGUGUAGUACGGUAAAUCUUAUCUGUAACCUUUUUAUCAGAGGGCAGGCUGUUCUCUCUUGGUAGGGAUUUCACCGCCAACCAUCUGCCCAAUAUUGAUUGGUCUAAAACAGAUAUUUAUCUCCAACCAAAAAAUGCCAUUGAAGUUUAGACUUUAAAAAAUGAUCAAAUGAAUAUGAACAUUAUUGAAGUGCAUAAGUGUCUGUGUUCUAUAACAGACCAUAACAGAACAACCUGAACUUAUAGGAUGUAUAUCUGCCCUCCUACAGGAAUAUCUGUUCUAUUCUUUAUACACACACAGAUUAAGCACCAGGUUCAAGACACACGCACAUUGAGACGCGUACACACGUUCACGCAUGUACACCCGUUCAUCCAGACUACAGAUAUGGAUUGUUCCAUGGACCUCCUGGUGUCCUCUCUACUGGCACUGUUCAGCGUGGGGGCGGGAGCUUCACUGUCGUUAGAUGUAGUGAGAACCAAGGUCAAAUUCCUUGCUCAGACCAUGGUGUACAAGACACAGAUGGAAAUCAAAAAGGUAAUCAAUCCAUCUAUCAAUUAGUCAGUCAGUCAAUCAAUCAUUAGUGUACUGACUAAUGAAGUCUUUGGCUUGUUGAUACAUUUGACUUGUGAAACCAUGUAUAGUCCUCAUAAAUCUUAUUUUAAUCACAUCUUUCUCUCCUUCCCUCCCUCCCUCCAGCUCCCUAGCAGGACCUGCUGAUCUCCCUAGAUAUGGCGGACCUCAAACAGCUGGUAGAAGACAGCUCCACUACGAGGGGUCAGUUGGAGAACUGGAUGAUGUCGCGCUGCCCAGGUCGCCAGCAGAAACAGACAGGAGAGGGUGGGUUGGAGGAGGCUCUGAAGGACAGUAUCAGGAAGUUUGGUCUGAGUGUGAGUCCAGUGGUACUAAACAGACUCAAGGGCUACCUCGAUCGGCUACUGCUGAACCUGGAUCAGCUCCGGUACUGCUGA